AUGUCUCUGUCAGCCUUCCCCAUCCCCUACGUAGGGGCUUCAGCGAUCUUGCUCCUAUCAAUCCCUCAUGUUCGUCAGCUUGUCACGGACGGUGGAAGCAAGAAACAAUUCAGAUUACUCGAGUCGAGCAACGAUGAUGAGUCUAUUACCGCCGGCAAGUCGCCACAAUCAGUCUGGCAGCGCGUCAUUCUAGUUGUGGUGGCAGCAGCAGCCACCAUCGCGGCACUCUGGUCAUGCUUCAGCAUACAACCAGUACUUGGGCCUAGUAUCCUUCGGCUCGCUACUUGGAUCAUGAUUCUAGUCCAAGAAUUAGUCCUCAUAAGCCGCUACUACAGCGCCUUGGCUAGUCUGGCUAUAGGCAUAUGUAUAGCCUGGCCAUAUGCUUCGUCCUUUCACAGCAACCUUGACUUCAAAUUGACUUCUCGAGAUGCAUCGAGUAUUGUCCAACUGGUCGCCGCUCUCAUUCUCGUCUUCGUGAACCUCGCAUUUCCAAGAGGACCUACAAUCUAUCGCAACGGCCGUCCAGUCGAUUCCCAGAAAUCUGUCUCGUUCCUAAACCGAUACACCUUCUCCUGGGCGACUACAAUCCUUUCCAUCGCGGCGAAGAAUAAAAGACUCAACAUUGAUGACCUCCCACUCAUUGGAGACGAAGUUCGUGCAAAGACGCUCUCCGACUCCUUCUUUGCAGUCAGCUCAGCCUCAGCGCGAUGGAGGAGGUGGCUUACGCUCUACUGGCCAGAGAUUAUCUUUCAGGUGAUUUUGCAGCUCGUCGCCAAUGCUGCCAACUUCCUCCCUCACUUCCUCCUCCUUACCAUCCUUCGCCUCUUUGAGGACCGUGAUGCGGGAGCAAGCAACCAAUUGCAACUAUGGUUGGCUGCCCUGGGUCUUGGGCUAUCGAUGGUGGUCACCUCAUGGUCCAUAUCCUUGAGAGACUUUGUAGCUGAUAUGAAACUUUCUCUGCCGAUUAAUGAGCAGCUGCUCGCGGUCAUUUCCAAGAAAGCCAUGAGCUUGAAGGAUGUAGUGAUAUCCGCCGGCGAUAGCGAGGAUGAUGAUGAUGAUGCUGCCAGCGACAAUGACGACGAUGACGAUGCUCCACCCAGAACAAAACACUCUGUUCUCAAUCUCCUCGGAGUAGACGUGGAAAGAGUCUCCGAUUUCGUCGCCUACAGCCACCUGCUCCUCGACUGCAUACUUGAACUCGGUAUCGCGAUCAUCUUCCUAGUGUACCUGAUGGGAUGGAAACCCGUAGCCGCUGGUUGCGCUAUUCCUGUCCUUUUAAUACCUUUCUACUACCUUUUAACGAAACGGUACAGUGAACAGGAACAAGCCCUCAUGGACCGCCGGGACGACAAAUCUGCGACUCUGACAGUCUUGAUGCGCGGCGUGCGGCAGAUCAAGUUCAGCGCGCUCGAAACCCAAUGGUACGACAAGAUCCUAGGGUUGCGUGAAAAAGAGCUGCACAACCAGUACACCGUCUUCCAACUCGACGUCUACCUAACGGCCAUCUGGACGCUGGGUCCCCUGUGCAUGAGCUGUCUCUCCAUCGCGACACAUAUCUACCUGAAUGGCUCCAUUGCCGUCUCCGUUGCGUUUACAGCCUUGUCACUUUUUGAGAAUCUGCAAAGCGUCCUCAGCAUGUUUCCCGAAAUCUUUACGGAUCUGCUAGAUGCCAGGGUCAGCCUUCGGCGAAUCGAGGGCUUCCUGGAUCUGGCAGAGCAUGAGGACAAGAGAGUACUCGGUGACGCUAUCUCCUUUCGUGACGUAACCAUUGCAUGGCCGUCAGCUGCUUCAGAAGACGCAACAGGGCAGUUCCAGCUGCAGGGCCUCAACCUUGACUUUCCUCCGCAGGAGCUCACAAUUAUUUCCGGACGGAGCGGUGCGGGCAAAUCACUACUCCUUCAAGCACUCAUCGGCGAAGCAGACAUCGUAAAGGGGACUGCGAUCGUCCCUCACGCAUCGGCCGCCAACCGGCCAGUCGACGAGGAAAACUGGAUAGUGGAUGGUCUGGUCGCAUAUGUUUCGCAGGACCCGUGGAUCGAGAACGCAACGAUCCGUGAUGCCGUCCUGUUCGGACUGCCGUUCGACGCAGAGCGCUAUGAAAAGGUCAUUCAUGCGUGCGCGCUCGCGCAUGAUCUUCAGUCGUUUCCUGACGGCGAUAGUACGGAUAUCGGCGCUAAUGGGAUUAAUCUGAGCGGGGGGCAGAAGUGGCGCCUGGCGUUGGCGAGGGCGCUCUACAGCCGCGCUAGUAUUCUCGUCUUGGAUGAUAUCUUUAGUGCGGUUGAUUCCAAUGUUAGUCGGCGUCUGUAUGACAAUGCUUUGACUGGCGCUCUUGCGAAAGGGAGAACAAGAAUCCUGGCCACGCACCAUGUUCGAUUGUGUCUCGGAGGGGCUGCGUACCUGGUGAGGCUGGAGAACGGCAGCGUUGUGCAAGCAGGGCAUCCAUCUAGUCUCGUCCAAGACGAAACUUUCGAGCAAAAACUUGACGAUGGCACGUCAGACACGUCGCUAGGUAGCAAACCUACCCCACUGAAGUCUGGCCAGCGAAUAAACGCAACUCCGACGGAGUCAGAUGCCCAGCCCAAAAAGUACUACGAGGAGGAGAAGCGAGAGCGUGGCGUGGUCAGAGCAGAGGUGUACAAGGCUUAUAUGAAAGCCUCCGGGGGCUACCCUCGCUGGAUUCUCGUUAUCGUUCUUUGCCUCUUGACUCUGGUACUGAACCUGGCAGCUCCUUACUGGGUCUCCGUUUGGACCAGAGCAUACAAUGACAGUUCUCCACGAUCGGUUCUCACACAGUCUGGCGAUCAUCCAGAUUUCAGGACUGGUGGACUGCAUUUGGACCAUCGCCUUGUCUACUAUAGCUCGAUUUACUUCGCCUUGGCAUUUGCAUCCUGGAUCCUGGACAUCAUGCGUAUCCAGAUCAUCCUCCGCGGCUCCAUUAAAGCUUCCAAGGUGAUGUUCGAACAGUUCGCCCAGACCAUCCUCAGGGCGCCUCUCCGUUUUCUCGAUAUAACGCCGGUUGGCCAGAUCUUGAACCGGUUCACAUCGGAUUUCGGCACCUUCGACUCCGAUCUUGCUCUGGAUCUCUCGUACCUCCUGCAUAGCGGCAUCAUGAUCCUCGGCGUCAUUUUCGCAGCUUCGGUCACUUCUCCUCUUAUCGUCGGACUUGGCCUGCUGACUCUGCUGGCGUCAUGGGCAGUCGCUUUCUUCUAUGUAACCGGUGCCCGCGAGGCAAAACGACUAGAAAGUACCGCUCGAUCGCCCAUCUUCGAGCUCGUCGGGUCUCUUCUGACUGGGUUACCUACCAUCCGCGCAUUCGGACGAGAAAAGGCCUACCUGAAGCGAAUGUACGAUCUGAUCGAUAUGCACUGCCAGGCCCUCUGGCACAAACGGUUAUUCUCCUGCUGGAUGUCGUUCUGGAUGAGCAUGGUCGGCGCAAUUUUCGUCGCCUCCGUGACAAUCACCUUUGUCACCAUCCGCACCCUCGACGCCCCCCUCGCCGGAUUCGCCCUCAGCUUCGCCCUCGAACUCUCCGACCACAUCUCCUGGCUCCUCUCGCAGUACGCCAAACUCGAGCUCGACGCCAACGCAGCCGAGCGAAUAGUGGAGUACACGCAGCUCGACCAGGAACCCCAAGCCGGCAUCCCCGUGCCAGUAUACUGGCCCAGCAACGGCGAGAUAGAGGUUACCGAUCUCUGCGUGACCUACGGGCCAGACCUCCCACCUGUCCUGCAGGACCUCACCUUCACCCUGCGCCCCGGCGAGCGAGUCGGGAUCGUGGGCCGGACGGGAGCGGGAAAAUCCUCGCUCGCGCUGGCGCUGCUUCGCUGCCUGGACGCGCGGUCCGGGUCCAUCCACAUCGACGGGAUCGAUAUCGCGCAGGUGCGGCUACACGACCUCCGCUCGCGGGUGGGCAUCAUUCCGCAGGACCCGGUUGUGUUUGCCGGCACGGUGCGCGAGGUCCUGGAUCCGUUUGGCCAGCAUGAUGAUAGCGAGUUGCUGGACGCUCUAACUGAAGUUGGGCUGCUUUCGGCUGACUGCGAUGCUCCGGGACCAUUCUCUCUUGAUGCGACUAUCAUAGAAGGAGGACGGAACCUCUCACAGGGCCAAAAGCAGUUGCUGUGUCUUGCGCGUGCGCUGGUCUCGCGGCCGAAGAUCCUGAUCAUGGAUGAGGCCACGGCGUCGAUCGACAUGGAGUCGGAUAUUCGAAUUCAGCGCACGCUGCGGCAGGUGGUUCGUGGGUGUACGUUGAUGGUUAUUGCGCAUAGGCUCUCGACAAUUGCGGAUUUUGAUAGGAUUAUUAUGGGGCGGCCAGGGGAGCUGAUGACGAUUGAGAACGGUGUUUUCCGGGGUUGGUGGAGGAGAGUGGGCAUGAUACAUGGCAAUACUAUAGAUAUAGAUUGA